AUGCCGGAAGAGGCCUCCUCGCUGGCGCUCGUGGAGCUCCUGCGGCAGCGCAACCUGACCCUCGACCAGCAGAUCCGAGACGUGGUGCAGCGGAACAAGAGCCUCGAGCAGCAGCUGGAUGCGCAGCACCGCGAGGCCGCGCGAAAGAGGAGGAAACUCCAGCGCAAGAUCCAAGAGGCGCAGAACGCGCUCCGACUCAAGGACGAGGGCAUCCGGCGGCUGCAGCGGCAGCUGAGCGAGACUAUUGACGCGCUAGAUGCAGAAAAAGACCGCACCGGCAAGUUGCAGCAGCUGGAGGAUGACGAAGCGGACCGAAGUUUGAUGGAGUCGGCACUGAGAGCAGCAGCUCGUCAUCAGCACACGGAGUAUCAUACCGCAACUGUGCGGAUCACGGGAUGA